AUGCUUGGGUUUUCACCUAUAAUAGAGAUGCUCGAUGCUAGCAUCUGUGUCUCUUUGGGAACAGAUGGGGCACCCUCAAAUAAUAGAAUGAGCAUAGUUGAUGAGAUGUACCUGGCUUCUCUGAUUAACAAUGGACGGGAAGUUCAUACAAAUGGGACAACUGAUCCUACUGCUCUUCCUGCUGAAACAGUUCUCAAGCUAAUGGCGACUUUAAACUCUGAUUUACCAUUCACAAACAAUAGACCCAAGGCUAUGGAGAACAAAAGACCCGCGGCCUUCAUCAUACCCGCAAACCCACAUGAAUUGAUUAAUAAAAAGCAUGCUUCUUGUAAGAGCACAUAUAUAUAG